AUGAGUUCCUUCGGCGCUACUGCCGUCAAGAAGGAGGAGAAAGGCAAGAACAUCCAGGUGGUGGUGAGAUGCAGGCCUUUCAGUAUUUCUGAGCGCAAAGCUAGUUCCUAUUCUGUAGUGGAGUGUGAACAUGCAAGGAAAGAAGUUGUUGUUCGCACUGGAGGGAUUACGGAUAAGACAGCAAGAAAGACUUACACGUUUGACAUGGUUUUUGGAGUUCAAGCUAAACAAAUUGAAGUGUACCGAAGUGUUAUGUGCCCCAUUUUGGAUGAAGUACUUAUGGGCUAUAACUGUACAGUGUUUGCAUAUGGUCAAACUGGUACAGGAAAGACCUUCACGAUGGAAGGGGAAAGAUCACCUAAUGAAGAAUAUACUUGGGAAGAGGAUCCACUAGCUGGCAUAAUUCCCCGUACACUGCACCAAAUAUUUGAAAAGCUUGGAGAAAGCGGGACAGAAUUUUCUCUGAAAGUGUCUCUGUUGGAAAUUUACAACGAGGAGCUCUUUGAUCUGUUGAAUCCAUCGCCAGAUGUUGGCGAAAAGCUACAGAUGUUUGACGACCCACGUAACAAGAGAGGUGUAAUCAUCAAGGGUUUGGAAGAAAUAACUGUGCACAACAAAGAUGAGGUCUAUCAGAUCUUAGAAAGGGGAGCAGCGAAAAGAACCACUGCCGCUACUAAUAUAAAUCAGUAUUCCAGCCGGUCCCACUCAGUGUUUUCAGUCACCUUGCAUAUGAAAGAAACGACGAUAGAUGGAGAAGAGCUUGUAAAAAUUGGGAAGCUAAAUUUGGUUGACCUGGCAGGGAGCGAAAACAUAGGACGUUCUGGAGCAGUUGACAAAAGAGCUCGAGAAGCUGGAAAUAUCAACCAGUCUUUGUUGACUCUGGGAAGAGUGAUUACCGCUCUUGUUGAAAGAACCCCACAUAUUCCAUAUAGGGAGUCGAAGCUCACUAGAAUCCUGCAGGACUCCCUUGGAGGACGCACGAAAACUUGCAUAAUUGCUACGGUUUCUCCAGCGUCAGCAAAUCUCGAGGAAAGUCUGAGUACUCUUGAAUAUGCUCAUAGAGCAAAGAAUAUAAUGAAUAAGCCUGAAGUGAACCAGAAGCUCACAAAGCGGGCACUUAUUAAGGAGUACACAGAAGAGAUUGAGCGCUUAAAACGAGAUCUUGCUUCUGCGAGAGAGAAAAAUGGAGUCUACAUUUCUCUGGAAAACUAUGAUGCUCUUCAUGGGAAGCUGACCGUCCAAGAAGAACAAAUUGCAGAGUACAUUGUGAAAAUUGCAACCAUGGAAGAAGAACUAAAAAGAAUCACUGAGUUAUUCACAGUUCACAAACAUGAACUUGAACAGUACAUAACAGAGCUACAGGUUAAGGGGAAAGAACUGGAAGACACUCAAAAGCACCUGGAAGUGACCAAGACUCGUCUUGCUGAAGAAGUGUUUGUGGCAUCAGUUUUGGAAGAUACAGAAGAAAAGCUUCACGGAACAGCCAAUAAGCUGCUUAGUACAGUGAAAGAAACUACCAAAGACGUGUCAGGUCUUCACGCGAAACUAGAUCGUAAAAAAGCUGUCGAUCAGCAUAAUACAGAAGCACAAACAAGAUUUACGGACCACAUGAAUGCUCUCUUCAACAAAAUGCAGAACUCUGUUAGCGAGAACUACUGGAAACAGCAGCAGACGCUCGACUACUAUACCGUCUCAGUGGGUGACUUACUCUCCGCUAGCUCGUCAGCCUUUGGAGUUACCGCAGCAGCUAUAGCUGAGGCGUUCAGUUCUGUAAAAGAGACGGUUGCCGCAGAAGUCUCUCUCUUUUCUGAAAAGCUGCUGAAGCAGGAAUCGCUGACGUCUGAAAUGAAAAACGAUCUGCAGAAACUGAUAGGAGAGCUGACAUCUGGAGUAUGCGGAGCGUUAGGCAAUCUUUCUCCUGUCAUAAAGCUUGUGCUGAGCAUAAAUUUUCAACUGCAAAAUAACCUGAAGGAAUAUUCAUUGUUGGCUGAGAAGAUGGAAGACCUCAAAGAGGAAACUACUGUCUUCUUCCAAAACCAUGCUCGUGAUUUGGGUAAACUGCAAGACGACAACUCUCAAAUGUUGGCUGAACUUUAUCAUAAUUCUGAAAAGUUGGAGAAGGAGAUGGAACUGGCAAGGCUGGCCCAUGAAAAGGAUAUAGCCCAGGUUGUGGCUUCUCUGCAACGAACCCAGCAGGAUAUCCGUGGACUGCAAGAGAAAGGUGGCAGCUUGAAGCAAAAUAUUUCUGCUGUACAGAAAAACCUAACACUGCAAACAGUGGGACUUGCCGACUCUGUCGCUUUCCAGCAGAACAACCUGACUCGGCCUCUGAGUGGCUUUUCCCAGGAGAUCAAGCAAUUGAGUGAAAAAAAUAUCAAAAUAUUGUUAGAUUCAGUUGGCCACUGUGAGAGUCUGGACAGCAGCCUAAAAAGUGUGUGCCAAGAAACCAGCAACUGGGGUGAAAUCGCAACCAAAAAAAUAGGCUGCCUCAUCGAUCAACAGACAGACUUCCUCAAGAGCAGGAAGGAACACCUGCACAGGUUCUGCAAGACUCUUGAUGACAACUGUGGUGUAUCGGCUGCUAAAAUCACAGGCUGCCUUGAUGGACAGAAGGGGGCUGCUGAGGUAGCCCUCAAGAGCGUCCUUGACCAGAUGCAGAAUGAUUACGAUGUGCUUUUGAAACAAAAAGAGGCGCUCCUCGAGGUAGCAGAAGACGGAUUAACUCGGGUCAAUGGCUUCAUAAGCAAGGAACUUCAAACGGACGUCCCGACAGGGGCCACCCCACAAAGAAAAGAUUACCGUUACCCAGUCACAAUUAGGAAAACGGAACCCCGUGAUCUCUUGCUGCAGACAUUAAGGAAACAGCAGCUGGAACUGGCAGCUGCCCAGAACGCUGUGGAACCCGUGACUGAAGAGGCCUUGGAUCAGGAGCCUUUGGAAGAGGAAACCAGAGACGCCAAUGAGAGCCUGUCAAGUGAAAAAUCCUUCCUGGAGACCAGCCUGCUCAUCCAUACCAACAGCGGUGUGCCUUUCUUCCAGCAUAAAAGGAGCUGCAAGAAGGAGAAAGAGAACAAACUGGCGGGCGUCUGCGACAAGAAGGAGGCAGACCAAUCGUCAAGGUCAAAAUAUCCAUUAAAAGAUCAGAAUUAA